UCACUACGAUGGAUGAAACAUCCAAAUAUUGUGAAACUCAAGGAGAUCAUAAGAGAGAACAAUACAUUAUACAUUGUAUUUGAAUAUAUGGAAUGCAAUCUUUACCAGCUUAUGAAAGAUAGAGGCAAGGUGUUUUCUGAGGUUGAAGUCCGUAAUUGGUGCUUUCAGAUAUAUCAGGGCCUUGCUUACAUGCACCAACGGGGCUAUUUUCACCGUGACCUUAUGCCUGAGAACUUGUUGGUUAGCAAGGAAGUCAUAAAGAUUGCAGACUUUGGACUUGCUAAGGAAGUUUCUUCAGAUCCGCCGUACACAGAAUAUGUCUCGACACAGUGGUAUCGAGCUCCUGAUGUCUUGCUUCAAUCUUCCAUUUAUGACUCUGCUGUUGAUAUGUGGGCAAUGGGUGCGAUCAUGGCUGAGCUAUUCACUCUCCGUCCUCUUUUUCCUGGUUCAAAUGAAGUGGAUGAGAAUUACAAAAUCUGCACAGUCAUUGGAACUCCCGAUGUAAUUGGUGGUGACAAUAGUCGCCACCAUAAAACUAGACAUAAUAAUUAUCUAAACUGUUGUUGCCGCUAA